AUGUCUACUCGUCGUCGACUGAGGCAUCCCAAUAUCAUGGUGUUUUGCUUAGUUCUAGGUGAAGCUCCUGCCAAAAGGAGAAUUUUUGUGAUUGAUAUUACCGAAAAUAUUUCGACCGUUUCGCAUGCUAUCAAGAAAGCGAAGGAACCUGAUUUGGAUCAUUUUCCUCCAAUAAAUUAA